CUCACAUCGACUGUCUAGAGAGAGAGAGUGAAAGAGAGAGAAAUCAGCGUGACAGUGUGUUUUUGUGGUUGCUGAGAGAGAGAGAGAAGAAGAAGACAUGGCCGACUCGUACGAUCCACUGGGCUUCGACUUUGAAGACCCCAUUUCAAUUUCUCCACCUCCGGCUAAGAAAAAGAAGAAGCUCAUUGGUUUGGAUGACCUCUUAAAGGAUUACCAGAGGGAGCAGAAGAGGCUCAAUGAUAAUAAAGCCAAGCAAAAGAAUAUCCGAAAGUCUUGUGAUUUAGACGAUGAGGUUGAUGAUGUGGCAGAUAUAAAUCAAAUAAAUGGUGAUGAAGAAAUGCCCUUCUGGGGCAUUCAGGUUUUUGGGGAACAGGUUGUAUACCGGAAACUUGAUCAAUUCCUCUUCCAUCAAAAGGUGCCACAACUGGAGCAUGCAGAGUUGAAAAAUUCUGUUCUUCUGCAGUCUUUCUUGAAUCAGAAGAUCAAUUCACUAUUUGAAAUUAAUGUUGAGAAAGAGGAAGAUUUCCUUGAAGGAUUGUUGGUUGAUGGCUGGCUGUUUCACCUUGUAUCUGCAUCUGGCCAUGUUGAAGAAUCCAUCGCAAAAUGGACAUUUGACUCAAUUCUAUAUUCUUCAACGCCAAGGCUAAUGGAAGCUGCAUGUGAAUUUUGGUGUGCAAUUCUCUCAGUUAAAGACAAGGUUGAUUCUUCUAGUGUCAAAAUUGAUUGGUUACCUAGCUAUUCAGAUCUAAAAAUAGCUCUUAAUGCGUAUGGGUUUCUCAUGGAUUCACCUUCUAAAUUUUCGUCAGAAGUUGAUAUGGUUAAUGCUGAUUCCAUAUCAGCAGGACCACCACAAAACAUUCGAUCAUGGAUAAAGUUUGUGACUUAUUGUUGCCAAAGAAGGGAUGCUAAUAUUAUUUUCUCAACUCGAGAAACAGAAGAUUUGGUAAUCACUAUCAUAUCACUCUUUUUAGAUCGUCAACUUCUGGGGCUGUCAAUAGUGUUGCAUGAAAGCUUGCUAUCGGCAAUAAAUUCCUUUCAAGAUGAUGAAUGGCCGGCCAGCUGUAAGAAAGUAGCCACAUCUCUUGCUCACAGACUUCCUUGCAACAUUAAUUCCCUGAGAAUAGUGGAGAGUAUCAUCGGAACUGAUGGGCGAAGUAAGCAGCUCAGGAGUGCUGUGGCAUUCCAGUUUCUAGCAACAUGUUUGGAUAAGAAGGCAAAUGAUGCUGAGGAAAUCCUGAGAUUACUAACCUCGAUAAACGUAAAGGACAAGGACUGUGACCUCUUCCAAAUGUAUAUAUAUCUGAACCUGGCUGAGAACUGGCUUCUCUUUGAGCCCACAUUAAAAGAUAAAGCAGAGAUAAGCAAGUUAUGGAAUAUUUGUCUCAGGAGCUGUUCUUGUGGGAUUUCCAUCACCGAUUUGAGGUCUUAUGCUUCUAAUGUACGUUCGCAGCAAGGCUUCAUAUCUUCUACAAGGCAGCACGAGCAAGUGAAUCGUAUAUGGCAGGAAAAAAUGGAGGACUAAUUCAGACAAUCCACUAAAACUGAUGCAAGAAUUUCAAUGCACCUCAAAUCAUCUGCUGAUACCUUUUGCUGUUAAGUUGUCAUUUGUUACAAAGUGCAACUGUUUAAUAUGAGACCUUGGUGUUCCUUUUUUAUUUUUUGUUGUUGUUGUUGUUGUUGUUAGGUUUGAUUGGAAAUGUGUAUAUGUAUUAGCUUUAUUCAGACACGUCAUCACCAUCUCAAGUUCUCAGCAGCUCCUCUCUCCAAUUUCUUUCAUUUGUUUUGCUAGGAGUGUUGUGAAACAAAACCAAUUUUAUAUUUCACCCAAAAUUAGCAGCUUAAUAA